UUAAAUCAUAAAUGUUAUUAAAAUAUUUAUAUUCUUUAAUUCUCAUUAAGAAUACUUCAAAAGUAUGUAAUUUCGCUUCGUGUUUAAUAAAUAAUUUAAAUAAUAAUUUAUAAAUUAAUCCUUUUUUUCCAUUUUUAAAAAGUGAAGUAAUAUUUUGAGGUAAUGGUUGAGUUGGUGAAAAUGAUUGAAGUGAUUGAAGUGAAUGAGUUGAUUGAGUUAGAUGAGUAGAAUGAGUUGAUUGAGUCGGUUGAAUAGAUUGAGUUGAUUGAGUUGGUUGAGUAGAUUGAGAUGAUUGAGUUGAUUGGGCGGUCUGAAAUGACCGCAAUGAUUGGGUCGAUUGGACAGUCUGAAAUGACCGCAACGAUUGAGUCGAUCGAACGUCCUGAAAUGAUCGUAAUGAUUGAGCUGAUUGGACGUCCUGAAAUGACCGCAAUGAUUGGGCUGAUUGAGACCUUAACGAUUGAGUCGAUUGGACGUCCUGCAACGAUUGAGUUGAUUGGACAUCCUGAAAUGACCGCAACGAUUGGUCCUGCAACGAUCGAGUUGAUUUGAUGUCCUGAAAUGAUCGCAACGAUUGGUCCUGCAACGAUCGAGUUGAUUUGAUGUCCUGAAAUGACCGCAACGAUUGGAUUGAACGUCGUCCUGAAAUGAUCUCAACGAUGAAGUUGAUUGAACAUCGUCCUUAAAUAAUCGUAAAGAUUGAACGUCAUCAUGAAAUGAUUGUAAUGAUCGCUGAAUGGCUUGAUCUGAUUGAUCUGAUUGAUUUGAUUGAUUUGAUUGUGAUAGGAGGUAAAUUAAAAUCAGAUCUACGAAUAAAAUUUAAAUUAACAUCAAAUUCAGGUAUAGUAUAAUCUAUAUCAUUAAGAAAAGGUUUAUAAUAUAAAGUUGUAGUAAAUAUAGGAGGUAAUAAAUUUU